AUGGCACUGGAGCAUGUCGUGAGACGCGCGAUACACCUCCACGUACAGGACCCAGCAUCCGGCGGUGCUGGGUACCACAACUAUCUGGCGCAGCGGGACGGAGAGACACCUUUUGGAGACCUCUUGCUUGCUGUGUUUAAUUCCAUCCUUGAAGUCUUCAUUCUGUGCGCGGCUGGAUACAUCCUGGCUCGCCAGGGUAUUUUAGAUAAGAAGACCCAAAAGCAAAUCAACAGACUCAACGUGUCUCUCUUCACCCCCGCGCUACUCUUCUCCAAGGUUGCGUUUUACUUGACGCCAGAGAAGCUGAAGGAGCUUUGGGUCAUUCCGAUAUGGUUUAUGAUCGUUACUUUGACAUCUAUGGCGGUGGGACGAGUUUUGGGCUGGUCGUUCGGGCUGAGGAAGUCGCAGAGGAGCUUUAUCAUGGCUGCAGCAAUGUUCAUGAACUCGAACGCACUUCCCAUUGCACUGAUGCAGAGUUUGGUCACAUCCGUCCCCGACCUCGCAUGGGGUAGCGACGACAACAAGAACGCAAUGCUCGGCCGCGCCUUGACAUAUUUGACGAUGUAUAGCACACUAGGAAUGGUGGUCCGUUACAGCUAUGGCGUCAGCCUCCUCUCGCGCGCCGACACUAUUCUCACCCCAGCAACGAUCGUCUCGUCCACCGUAACACCAUCCACAUCGAUACUAGGCCUCGAUACUGAGACAGGCGAACGCACACCGUUAUUAGUAGACUUUGACGAUGAUGAGACAGAGGCUGGUGGUGAGCAUGAUCUGAAAACUCACCCGUCGACAUCGACACUCGUGCACUCGACAUCGACCCCAAAGGACAAGAAGGGGAAGAUGGUAAAUCAUUUUACAGAAUCCCCUACAUCCUCCGUUUCAUCCUCACCGCGCAUUGGCGCCUCGGGCUCGGGGGCGGACACAGGAGCUGGGAUCACAGCAACAGCGGCAACGGGAGGAAGGCCGCCUCGUCUGACUCCUGGAAGGCGGAAUACUACGUUCUAUAACUCAUUCCCAAACAGCCCCAACGAAAGCCGCGCGGACUUGCCUGCAUGGGGUGUCAAUGGGAGCUCAGGGGCCCCGCCAGGUAUUGCCACUGAUGGGCGUAUGGAGCACGAGAGUGACAGUGAGGAGGAGGAAGAUGAAGUCGCGCACAACCUCGACCGUACCGCUGCCGACCUCGAACAUGGAACGCACCAUCGCGAUGCCGCACGACCACCGUCCUCAUUCUCAAAGUUUGUUUCGUCCGUCUCUGCAGCUUUGCAGCCUGUGAAGAAAUAUGUUCUCCUGCCUAUUACAUCCUUCCUGCUCGCUGUACACGCGUUCAUGACUGUUCCCCUUUAUGCGGCGUUGCUGUCGCUCAUUGUGGCUCUCACACCGCCGCUGCAGUACGCUUUGGAGCACAAUGAGGUGUUGAGACCUGUCAAUGGGGCAAUUGGAACGUGUGGAAAGUGCGCUGUGCCUAUCACGCUGGUUGUUCUAGGUGGUUACUUUUGGAGCGACGAGGAUGGUGCAGUUGAUGCUAAAGAUAAAGCAAAGAAGAAGAAAAAGCCGAAAAAAGAUAGGAGAAGCUACCUUCAGCGUGUCAAAGAGUUUUUGCAUAUCUCGACCUCGGAGGAUUCUGGUUCGACUCCCACAAUUGAACCGGGCAAGAAACCUGGUGAGACGAAGACUGUGAUGCUUUCAAUUCUGGCAAGGAUGAUCAUUACGCCUCUGGUGCUUACUCCCUUGAUGGUUAUGGCGACGAUGAGCGAUUGGCAUGCUGUGUUUGAGGACCCCGUCUUCGUCGUCGUUAACACCCUUCUGCUGUGCUCACCCCCUGCCCUUACCCUUGCGCAGAUCACAUCUGCGGGCGCGGGCGGUGGUUCGUUCGAACGGCUCAUCAGUCGCACGAUUUUCUGGAGCUACUGUGUGAUGACGCCUGUGGUAAUGUUGGGUAGUGUGCUGGGUGGGUUGUGGUUGGCUGAGCUAUGA